AUGCAUGGAGGGUACGAUACUAAGAGUGCUGGACGAACUGGUGUGGGUGGAGAGACUGCUCUUCCAUUUCCAUCUCCCAAUGAACUUCUUCCACCUCAGAAUUCCAAGGGAGUAUACUGUGCACAUCCAAAUCCAUCCUACCAAGCCUUUCCAUCCAACCCAGCUGAAGAUCCCACACUCGUAGCACCACCCGCCGAACCCGCAACUCGGGUCCGAUAA